CUCCUCACCUUGGCUCUGAACUGUCUGGGUCCCAGGAAUCCGUGCUGAACGCUACAGCCCGCCUGCCGUGGACACCAGGUACUUGGAGCUUCUGGUCAGCAAGUAACAUCUCCGGCAUGUCAGUUAGGCUGUUUGGAAGCCAGAGGUAAACCGCUGGGGUCACCACCCCUACCUACCAUGUCGCAGGUGAUGUCCAGCCCCCUGCUGGCAGGAGGUCAUGCAGUCGGCUUGACUCCCUGUGAGGAACCCAGGAGGGCUCUACACUCCACAGCAGGCCCCAGCCUGCCACCCCAGUGUCCUUACUACACAACAGAAGGCUGGGGAGCCCAGGCUCUGAUGGCCCCCACACCCGGCAAAGGGGUCCCCAGCAGGUUUCAGCAGACACCACAAUCUGAGGCCAGAGGCAACUGCCUCCUGCCAUCCCCUAGUGAGCAGGCUUCAGGUGCCCCGGAUGACCUUGACUCCUACAUUGACUUCUCACUGGAGAGCCUCAACCAGAUGAUUCUGGAACUGGAUCCCACCUUCCAGCUGCUUCCCCCAGGGACUGGUGGCCCCUGGGCUGAGCCUGCUCACAACACAACCUCCAGGAAAAAGAAGGAGGAACCUGAAGCCUUAGAUAUAAAGUACAUCGAGGUGACCUCCACCAGAUCCAGGUGCCACGAUGGCCCGCAGCGCUGCUCCAGCCCGUCGGUCACCCCACCCUUCGGCUCCCCACGCAGCGGUGGCCUCCUCCUUUCCAGAGACGUUCCCCGAGAGACGCGAAGCAGCAGCGAGAGCCUCAUCUUCUCUGGGAGCCAGGGCAGAGGGCAUAAUCGUCCCCCUCCACCCUGUGGGGAUUCCUCCCCUCACCCUCCACCCUCUCCUAGCAUCUCCAUCCCUUGCAUGGGGAGCAGGACCUCAGUCCCCCAUGGCUCAGGCUCCCCACUAGUGGCCUCUCCAGGCUUGGAUAAGGGGCUGGGGCGCCUGGCCCCACAGAGGGGCAGCAGGGUCUCUGUGCUGUCGGCCAGCCCAGCCUCUGACAUCAGCUACGUGUUCGGAAGCAGCCAGUCUCUCCUCCACUCCAGCAUUUCCAGCCAUCAGUCAUCUUCUAGAUCCUUGGAAAGCCCAGCCAGUUCCACCUCCAGUCUCCACAGCAUUGGCCCAGUGUCCCUGUGUACAAAACCUAGUGACUUCCAGGCUCCCAGCAUCUCUACCCCAAGUGCACAUCAGCCCAGAGCACCCCACUCCCCACCACUGGCCAAGGAGCAUGCCAGUAGCUGCCCCCCAUCGAUCGCCAACUCCAUGGUAGAUAUACCCAUCGUGCUGAUCAACGGAUGCCCAGAACCAGGGUCUCCUCCUCCCCAGUGGAUUCCAGGACCCCAGAGUUCUGUCCAGCCUGGAGCUACUUCUCCCAGCAACCCCUGUCCAGCCACCAGGAGCCACAGCCAGAGCCUGACAGAUGCCCCCUUCAGCACAUCCCAGGAGGGUCCUGCCAAGGACAUACAGCCCACCAUGAAGUUCGUGAUGGACACGUCUAGAUAUUGGUUUAAGCCCUGCAUCACCCGAGAGCAAGCUAUCGACCUGCUGAGGAAGGAGGAGCCAGGGGCUUUCGUCAUACGAGACAGUUCUUCGUACCGAGGCUCCUUUGGCCUGGCCUUGAAGGUCCAGGAGGCCCCUGCAUCUGCCCAGAACCGACCAGGCGAGGACUGCAGCGACCUUAUCCGACACUUUCUCAUUGAGUCUUCUGCCAAAGGGGUGCAUCUCAAAGGAGCAGAUGAGGAGCCCUACUUUGGGAGCCUCUCCGCCUUCGUGUACCAGCACUCCAUCAUGGCCCUGGCCCUGCCCUGCAAACUCACGAUCCCACAGAAAGAACUGGGAGGUGCAGAUGGGGCCUCAGAUCCCUCUACAGACAGCCUGGCCUCCUGCCUGAAGAAAUCUGCGGGCUGCCACACCUUGUACCUGAGCUCAGUGAGCGUGGAGACCCUGACUGGAGCCCUGGCUGUGCGGAAGGCCAUCUCGACCACCUUCGAGAGAGACAUCCUCCCCACGCCCACCGUGGUCCACUUCAAAGUCACUGAGCAGGGCAUCACCCUGACUGAUGUGCAGAGGAAAGUGUUCUUCCGGCGCCAUUACCCUCUCGCCACCCUCCGCUUCUGUGGCAUGGACCCCGAGCAACGGAAAUGGCAGAAAUACUGCAAGCCCUCUCGAAUCUUCGGGUUCGUGGCCAAGAGCCAGACAGAGGCACAGGAGAAUGUGUGCCACCUCUUUGCAGAGUAUGACACGGUCCAGCCAGCCUCGCAGGUCAUCAGCCUGGUGGCUGCUCUGCUGCAAGACACAGAAAGGAUGUGACAGGACAGAGCUGCCUGUGCUCCUUCCCAGACGCCUCGGGGGGUGCUGCCCAAGAGCCCACCUUCGCCUGCCUAAAGCAGAACAGCAUCGAGCUGCAAUCCUUGGCCACGCUCUGACCUUCGGCAGUCACCUUCAUCCAGUCCUCCUCUCCUCCAGCACCCCUGCCUCAGUUUCCUCAGCCAUCAGAGGAGGCCAAUAGACAAGUUCAGCUGUUCUCAGACCUUGGUGGGUGUUUUAACAUGCUCCUCUGUGAUUCUGAAGCACACUCGUAUUCAACGGCCCCUGCAAGAAAAUACCUCCCAGUAUCCUCUGGCUCCGUCUGCGUGGACACUACAGGCACACACUCUGAGCGAGUGGCCCCUGCUUCAGGGCAAAUGGCAGGUGCUGGAUCGGAACACACGGGGCUCCUGGCCUGAGGCUGGUGAUAAUACACAAGGAUUGAGGACGAAGACGAGGUAGCCAGACUCUGUGUCCCUCGACAGCUGUUCCUCUCCCUACUUUCCUGGUGGUCUUUUAGAAUCACCUGCCCAUGACGUGCAGGCCCCAUGGAGAAGGCCCUGCUGCCCCCCCAAUUCUUGAUGUCUAGGCCCCUCCCCACCUUGUGAAUGAGUAUCAGCCCCAGGUUUUCUAUCAGUUUUUAGAUGCAAGUGUGCAUAGCUGGUGUUGCAGCUGCCCUGGCGUUGCUUGUAUAAACGGCAUCUGGGAGAUGGGACAGGAAGACCUUGGUCCUCUAGAGUAGAUCUAAGGGCCAACCCUCUGUGGUUCUUUCUUAGCUCCAGUCUUGCCAAGUACCCCCAACCCAGCACACACAGACACCCACACGCACGGGCACACCCAUGCACACACCCCUCUACAGCCAUGCAGUGUCAACUGACCUCACAGCCACACGGGGGCAGCAGAGAGUCAAGAAUGCAAAGAGGCCGCUUCCCCCAAAGGCUGGGAGAUACUGCAGCCCUUCCAGGCCACCCCUUCACCCCAGGCGGCCCCCAGAAGCUGGAAUGGUGUCUAGCAGGCCUGGGUUCCUAAACAAACCCUAGCAUGAGGGCAGGAGGGGAGGCUCAGGGAAGAAGCCCACUCCUGCUCUAAGAGGAGUAAUCUGCCUCCUCCCAGAGCUAGCCCUACCAGGGCAUCAUUAUCUUUGGCCAAGGCUGGGCCUGACAAGUUAUGAUUUCAACCCCAGCAACCAAAUGGCACUGGAGUGAGCCUGGGUUGGCUGAACAGGCUGAGGCCAGCCCACCCAGUCCAUGGUCAGGCCCUGCCCCAUGCCCAGGGCCUAUGGAAUGCUGGACAAGGUUCUUGAGGUCACAGUGCCCAGAGUCCCCAAUAUACUCUCAGUGCCUGCGUAGCC